GAGAAGACUAUCUCCAUCGUGUUCGUGAGAGGCGGUUUCAUAUUGUUUCCAGUCCACUCUCGCGACACUUCCUGUUGCCCCAUUAGGCCGCUGCUAGCACUCCUGCUACUUAACGUGUUCCCGCGCCGCUUAACCUGCUCCAGUCCCCAAGUUUGACGGCACUGCCCACCACCUAUUUAUACGACCCAACUCCCCUUCCUUGUUCUCCACUCUUUAGUUCUCUGCCCAACGGAACCCUUUCUCUUCUUGUGCUUUUCUCAUCUUGCCGCUGUUUCAAGCUCUGAUGGCCCUGGAAACUUCGGCACCGGUGCCGGCUUCGGUGUUGAAGUCUAGUGUUGCUGAAUCGAGAGAAGCGGCGGUGGCGCCGCAGCAGGUGGAGGGGUGGGCAAAGCGGAAGCGGUCGAAGCGUCACCGCUUCUUUGAUCACCACUCGACCGAAGAGGAGUACCUGGCGCUCUGCCUCAUGAUGCUUGCCCACGGCGGUGGCGAAGCCGGUCAACGCCUCCCGUUCCCCACGCCACCGCCGCCACCGGAGACAAGGCAGAAAUACAAGUGCUCCGUCUGCGGCAAGGCCUUCAGUUCCUACCAGGCCCUUGGUGGCCACAAGGCCAGCCACCGGAAGCCCAACAUCCCCGGCGGCGGAGCGGAGGAGGUGGACUCUAUCGGCUCCACUGUCGCCAGCACCAUCUCGUCGUCGGGCGGCGGCAGUGGGAGGGCGCACGAGUGCUCGGUGUGCCACAGGACGUUCCCGACGGGGCAGGCGCUGGGAGGCCACAAGAGACGCCACUACGAAGGCGGCGCCACCGCUGGAGCCACCGGAGGGAGCGGGGUGACGACGCUGGAGGCGGCGAGCUCGGGGCCGAGGGUGUUCGAUCUGAACCUGCCGCCGCUGCCGGAGUUCGGGUUCGAAGCCGCAGAAAGUUGGUGUUUGGCGGCGGCCGACGACGAGGAGGUGCAGAGCCCUCUGUCGCUGAAGAAGCCGGCGUUAUCGAUUUCAACUUAAAAGAAAGGCGGCGGUCGCAGGUCGCUGAAGAAGCCGGGGUUCUCGAUUUGGACUUACAGAAAGAAGGCGGUCGCAGAAGAUCCUGCGACCGCCUUUGUUUAGUUUAUUAUUAUUUUUUAAGUUUUGGGUUUGGAAUGAUGUCAUAAUUAUUUGUUGGUGUACAGGGAAUUACCAAUUAUUUUUUGUAUACUGUUCACAAGAUUUGUAUCUUUUUCUUAUUGUGUUGGUUAGAGAUAAUUAUAAGGUUAUUAUCAUCACUUUUUUAGAAGGUAUGGA